CACCAUCAAAUUCAACCUAAAUUUGACAAAAACCGGGUCUUUGUUAAUCCACUCAAAAUUCUCAGUGUACUUUUGAGUUCCAAGCCAAACUGGCAAUGGCUUGGGAUGUUUAAAAAAUGAAAUGGAACUUUCCAACAGUCUCAAACUAAACCUGGAAAAUGGACGUAGCUGAUCAUGUUUCUGAAGUUUCAUUGAGAGCAGUUCUGUAUAUGAUAUUCAUGUGGCUCGACAAGCAAACCCCUUUCAUCAGACAUAUUGAAGAAGAGGAACUGUGGAUGUAUCGAUAUCCUUCCAUCCCCUCAAUCGUACCCAAAUGGGGCCUGUACAUUCUACUCGUACUCAUUCCAGCAAUACUUUUCCUUAUCGAAUACGCAGUGAACCAAAGGCUUAAGGACAUUAUAAAAGGGUUUUAUGCCUUGACAUUGGUGUAUAUGAUUAAUGGUAUUUUCACUGUUAUGCUGAAAUUACUCGUGGGAAGGCCCAGGCCCAAUUUCUUCAUGCGAUGUUUUCCCGAUGGAUAUGGAACGGAUAUAAAUCAUUGCACCGGAGAAUAUCGGGGACAUAUGGAUGGCAGGAAAAGCUUUCCAAGUGCACAUGCAACUUUCGCUUUUUCGGGUAUGUUCUUCAUGACUCUGAGGAUGUGCCGAAUUCUACAGAUAAAAGACCCAGGAAGACACAAAGGAUGGAAAUGCCUUACAGUCAUAAUUCCUGUUAUUUUCGCGGUCCUGAUAGGAGUGAGUCGAACGUGUGACUACCACCACCACUAUUCUGAUGUUCUAUUUGGUGCAAUAAUGGGAAUGGGAAUCUCUUACUUUGUCUAUUAUGCAUACUAUUGGGCAGAAGGCAUGUCUCCUGAUGAAAUUAGAAAGUCGCUAGCCAACUUUUACUAGUCUCGCUAAUGGCAUCUAUGUUACAAGUUACAAAUAAAAAUCUAUUUUCUAAUUA